GAUAAGCAGCAGAGGGCACAUUUAUUGAUGGCAAGACCGUCUGAGGUCUCAGUUGAUCUCCAGAGGCAGCAGGAAGGAAAAGUUUAUCCGAGCAGAUUAGGACCAAGGCAGAGACACGUAGAAAGGCAGCAGCGGUCCUCCGAGCAGCAGAGGCAAGAUGAUGCGACCAGGAGCCAGGCAGUACGUGGUGACCAGACCACUGUACUCAGAGGACUCCUUUGCAGAAGAGCACGAAAAGGUCUACAGGCAGCGUAAAACCAUGCUUGACCACCUGAAGCUUUACUUCACGUGUGAUGUCAAACGAGUCAAACAUGCUGCGCUGUCUCUGCUGCCGGUCAUCGGUUGGUUGAGGAUCUACCGAAUCAAAGAGUGGCUGCUCCCCGACGUGGUGUCUGGUGUCAGCACAGGACUGGUGGCAGUACUACAAGGAAUGGCUUACUGUUUGCUGGCCUCUCUGCCACCCUGGUAUGGUCUUUUUUCCGCCUUCUUCCCUGUGGUCAUCUACUUUUUCAUGGGUACUUCGAGGCACAUCUCAGUGGGUCCAUUCCCAGUCUUGUGUCUGAUGAUUGGCUCAGUGGUGACUAGGCUCAUACCGGACGAAGGGCCCCCUGUCAACAUCACAGGACUUGAAGGCCUGUCAGUAGAUGAUCAAAGGGUUUUAGUGGCUUCAUCUGUGACCUUCCUCGUUGGCAUCAUGCAGUUGGGAAUGGGAUUACUGCAAGUGGGCUUUGUUGUCAUGUAUCUGUCCGACACUUUGGUCUCUGGCUUCACCACGGCUGCUGCCAUCCACAUCCUGGUUUCUCAGCUCAAGUUUGUUCUGGGACUGCAAGUUCCAGGCUUCAGUGGACCACUGUCACUUAUUUAUACCUUGGAGGUCAUUUUUAACAAGAUCACUUCCACUAACGUGUGUGACCUGGUCAUCGCCUUGAUAAUCAUGGCGAUGGUGUUUAUUGUAAAAGAGCUGAAUGACAAGUUCAAAUCCAAGCUGCCUGUGCCCAUACCAAUUGAGGUUAUAAUGACUGUGAUUGCAUGUGGAGUUUCAUACGGAUUCGACUUUGAAAAUAAGUUUGGAAUUGAUGUUGUUGGCCAUAUUCCACAAGGGUAUGAAUCUCCAGUGGCCCCAAACCUGCAGAUCUUCCAGGAGACAGCAAUGGAGGCAUUUCCGAUGGCCAUUGUGGGUUUUGCUGUUGCUUUCUCAGUGGCAAAAGUUUAUUCUGUAAAACAUGAUUACACUAUAGAUGGAAAUCAGGAGCUGAUAGCUUUUGGAGUAAGUAACAUGUUUGGAGCUACCUUCAAGUCUUUUGCAGCAAGUACAGCUCUCUCCAGAAGUGCAGUGCAGGAAAGCACGGGUGGAAAAACCCAGGUGGCUGGUUUGAUCUCAGCUAUCAUAGUGAUGAUUGUCACUCUGGCUAUUGGAUUUCUUCUGGCACCCCUGCCAAAGUCUGUGUUGGGUGCUGUGGUCAUCGUUAAUCUAAAGGGCAUGCUGAUGCAGUUCAGAGAUAUUCCAUAUCUGUGGAGGAGAGACAAACCCGACUGUAUGGUGUGGUUGUGCACCUGCACUGCAUCCAUUUUGCUGGGGCUGGAUCUUGGAUUGGCUGUUGGCCUUGGUGUGGAACUCAUCAGUGUUGUUCUGAGGGUUCAGUUUCCUCGCUGUAGUGUGCUAGCUAACAUUACAGGAACCGACAUCUACAAAGACAGGAAGGACUACUUCAGUAUAUUUGAGCCAGAGGGAGUGAAAAUCUUCAGGAUUCCAUCUCCAAUCUUCUUUGCCAACAUUGAUUUUUUUAAAAACAAGCUGGUGGAAGCGCUGGGCUUUAAUCCCCUACAAAUCUUAAAAAAGAGAAAUAAGGCGUUAAGACGGAUCAAAAAACUUCUGAAGAAUGGUGACCUGCAGUGGACAUCGAUGGGUUUCCUCAACACUACAUGUGGAUCUAUCGGAGACUCUGAAGACCAAGACAACAUGGAAGAACUUGACCAACCCAUCGACUUCAAGGAUCUUCCAGCCCAGAUUGACUGGAAUAGAGACCUUCCUGCCAACAUCUUUGUUCCUAAGGUGGAGGUCCACAGCCUGAUCCUGGACUUUGCUGCCGUCUCCUUUUUGGACAUAUCAGCUCUGAAAGGACUGAAAACCAUGCUGAAAGAGCUGAUCCGCAUUGACAUCGAGGUUUAUAUUGUGGCCUGUGACCCUUACAUCCUAGAGAAACUUCACGACUGCUGCUUCUUUGAUGAGGAAGUUCAGCCAAGCAUGUUCUUCUUAACGCUGCACGACGCCAUGCUGAACAUUUUAGACAAGCAUUCUGAGCAAACAGAGAAGAAUCCAGACCACGGAAAGAUAAUAACAACAGUCACCGUCCACAACAGCUUAAAGAUCAGAGAAAAGGAUGUUCCAGAACCAGAACACAAGUUUUAACAUUUAAAGAAGAGAAGAAGACAAAGACUGGAAUAACAAAAAAACUAAGGCUUAAAAACAUACAUUUUUAGAAGUUUGUACUAUUUCCUGCAUAAUUAAAAACCUUAUACUUCUUAUGUGUAUUUUCAUGCAUAUUUGCAUAUUUACUGUAUUUAAAAAAAAGCAGAAUGUUUUAUACUUUGUACAGUGCAGUUUUAGUUUUCUGUGAUACCUUUGUUUUUACUGUUUUCCUGUAAAUGACUAAUGAAUAGUAAAAUAAUUGCCAAAAACACACGUAGACAUACACCGAUACAUAUGUAUAUAAAUGUUUUCAAAUAUUUUACAUAAUUCUCAUGAAACAUAUUUACAUUUUUUAUUCACAUUCAAAUUUUAGAUAAUGUAUAAGAUUCAGGGUAUAAAUAUAAUUUGUUUACUGUUGAUUGAGAGAGAAAUUCUUUUCCCAAAAAGAUGUAAAAAAAUAGUCAAAUAAAGUGCAGGUAGUAAAAAGAACAAUACUAGAACAAUGUGUGUGAAUAAAUGCUUACUAAUGAAUAAAAGAAUUCGCUAUUGACAUGA